GUGAGGCCGGGUGACAGUUGGGUGCAGCUCCACCAGAGAAGGAAGCGGAGUUUCCGGCUGUUUGCAGCGGAGGGAGAGGAUUGCUGACGCCGCGAAACCCCGAGAAACACGCCGGCGGCUCGGGGGGGGGGUUGGUGGGUGGCUAGCAGUUGAACAUCGGCAGUGGUGGUUUUCUUUCGUAUCUGAGGGGCUGGUGAUACACGGCAAUAUAUUUGGAAUUUUUUUUUUACGAGCCGAGGGGGUCGGACGGCAAACGGAGCAAAGCGGCACAAGGCGGGGGUGAGCCACCAGCUACCGGCAUGGCCAGGGACUACGACUACCUCUUCAAGCUGCUCAUCAUCGGUGACAGCGGAGUGGGGAAGAGCAGUCUCCUCCUGCGAUUCGCAGACAACACUUUCUCAGGUAGCUACAUCACCACUAUCGGCGUGGACUUCAAGAUCCGGACGGUGGAGAUCAACGGAGAGAAGGUGAAGCUACAGAUCUGGGACACCGCAGGGCAGGAGCGCUUCCGCACCAUCACCUCCACAUACUACAGGGGGACGCAUGGCGUCAUUGUGGUCUACGACGUCACGAGUGCGGAGUCCUUCGUCAACGUCAAACGAUGGCUACACGAAAUCAACCAGAACUGUGACGACGUGUGCCGAAUAUUAGUGGGAAACAAAAACGACGACCCCAACUCCAAGGUGGUCGAGACGACCGACGCGCAGAAGUUCGCCGAGCAGAUGGGAAUCAACCUGUUUGAGACGAGCGCCAAAGAGAACAUCAACGUUGAAGAGAUGUUCAACUGCAUCACGGAGCUGGUCCUGAGAGCCAAGAAGGAGGUGCUCGCCAAGCAGCAGCAGCAGCAACAGAACGACGUGGUCAAACUCACCCGGAACAGUAAACGAAAGAAGAAGUGCUGCUAGCGAGCUCCGAGCCAUCCUCCCAAGGGUCGCCGGCGUUUUCUUCACAUGCGCAUACACACAAGAUGGGACUCAGAGCAUCUAAAUUAAAGAGCGAAUAAAGAUUUAAUAAAUAUACGGUGAAAGAUUUAAAAAAAAAAAAAGAAAAAAAAAAGGAAUUUAAAAUGGAAAAAAAAUGUCCCCGUUUGGACAAACUAAUCAUGACGGCUUCAAAGAAAAAUGUACAGAUUUUAUUAGAUGGUCAAAUCAAGUUUUAUUGGAUUUCAGCAGAUGGGCACUAUUGACCCGAGCUCCUCCUCCUCUCUUAAGGGAUCUGCAAGCCACGGACUGACCGCCGUAAUGCUCCGGUUUAAUAUCCACAUAACCCCCCCACCCCCCCACUCAGUCUCUCUUCGCUCCUUCUCAUUCCACUGCACACGGGACAUUCAGAGUCAGACUCUGCGCCUGAGGAGAAGGACGGUUCCCCCGUGUCUGGAUUUUUGUUUCUUUCUAGGUUUAUUUCUUGGGGGGGGGGGGGUGGUUGGUGUUUUUCUCGGAGCGGGAGUCUUGAGUCCGAGUGAAGGUCGCACCAUCUCUCUACAUUCACCACGCCAGGAGAUCAUGAACUGCUCGGUUUAGUUUCAUUUGACUUGAUGAUGAUUGGUAGAACCGUUAGCAACUAAUCCAAUGGACGCAACUGGUAAACCGUUUCACUUUUUGUUUUUUCUUUGUCUACAUUUGCCAAUCUUCCCCUCCUCCAUCCGCGUCUAACCUCGAAUAGUGCUGAGCCAACAGGAAUCGAUUUUAUUUUUUUGUCUUUUUGAAGUGCGACAGAGCAGUCGACCCGCUGCCGGAGCUCCGAAGGCCCCGUUCGCUGCAGGCUUACUACUCUAAGAGUUUUAAAUCCUUUUCCUUCAUCCCCGUAGAAAAAAGUAAGAAGAAAAACACUGAUACUGCCAAUAAUAUAUGUAAAAAAAAAA